CUGUAUGGGGCCAAGAGGCAAAACCCAACAUGUUCAGGGCGAGCCUCUGCUGGAGGCUGGGCUUGGCAUUGGGAGGACCUGAGAUCGAAUCCCCCCUCAGACAGGGGCCGGCCAGCGUGUGGGACCCUGGGCCGGCCUGUUUCCUCCUCUGUAAAACGGGAUGGUUGUGAAGUUAAAUAUAAAGCGAGGUUGUGUCUGGGCAGAGCUUUGGGAUCCAGGACCAGCGCCGUGUCGCCCACCCCCAGCACCAUCUUCCGUCCUCUUUGGGGCGGGUGGGGGUGGCAUUCGCUGCCCAAGCGCCCUAACGAGCCCUCGGGGGAUCUUUCAGAUGUGGAAAGCUUCGGCCGGACAUUCUAUAUCUGUCAGCCAGGACGAUGGCGGCGCCGACGACUGGGAGACCGACCCGGAUUUUGUGAACGACGUCAGCGAGAAGGAACAAAGAUGGGGUGCCAAGACGGUGCAGGGGUCGGGCCACCAGGAGCACAUCAAGUAAGGGUCCUCCCGACCGAGGGAAGGCAAGGGGGCAGCGGGGAGGCCCGGGGAGCCCAGAGCUGGCCCUUCACGGCCUCCGGGUCGGUGAAGCGGCUUAAUAAUUAAACCAGUGUGUAGAGCACAAAGCACGUCCCAGAUACAGGCUCUGAUAUCACACUGGGCCGGGCCUCCAUGGCGAAGGCGCUUCCUCGUCCAGCCCACAGCCCAGCCGAGCUCACCUGGAAACACCUGGGAGGGACCGAGGAGGCAGGGAAGGCAGGAAGGGAGGAAGGAGAGAGGAAAGGAGGGAAGGAAGGAAAGAAGG